AUGGAGUUAACUCCAAGAGGAAGAAAUCAAGGUCAUGUUGUGACUUUUGACAGAGAUGCAGAUUCAUUUGUGGAGGAAGAUAAAGAGCUUCAAUCUAAAUGGGCUGCUAUAGAGAAACUACCAACUUUCAAAAGGAUUAAAACUUCUUUUGUUGAUGAAAUCACUCAGGAGGAAAGUGGUAGUAGAUGGCAAAGAAGUAGUAGUAAAAGGGUUGUUGAUGUUACUAAGCUUGGAGCUGUUGAUAAGCGGUUGUUUAUUGAUAAGCUCAUCAAGCAUAUUGAGAAUGAUAAUCUUAAUUUGUUGCAGAAACUUAGAGAAAGGAUGGAAAGAGUGAAUGUGAAGUUACCUAGUGUGGAGGUAAGGUACAAGAACCUGAAUGUAGAAGCGGAAUGUGAGGUUGUUCAAGGGAAGCCACUUCCUACUCUAUGGAAUUCUUUUUCUAGCUUAUUUUCAGGUUUAGUGAAGACUAUAUCAUGUAGUUCUCAAGAAACCAAGUUGGGCAUUCUCAAAGAUGUCAGCGGCGUCAUCAAGCCAGCAAGGCUUACUCUUCUUCUUGGUCCACCUAGCUGCGGGAAAACUACCUUACUAAUGGCAUUGGCUGGAAAACUAGAUCAAUCUCUUGAGGUUUCUGGAGAAAUCUGUUACAACGGUCACAGGCUAGAUGAAUUUGUUCCUCAAAAAACAUCAGCUUACAUAAGCCAGUAUGACCUUCACAUUCCUGAGAUGACAGUGAGGGAAACAAUUGACUUCUCGGCACGUUGUCAGGGGGUCGGAAGCAGAGCUGAUAUUAUGACUGAAAUCACUAGGAAAGAAAAAGAACAAGGAAUCUUCCCUGACCCGGAUAUUGAUACUUAUAUGAAGGCUAUUUCUGUUGAAGGACAAAGCGAAAAUCUUCAAACGGAAUAUGUUUUAAAGAUACUUGGAUUGGAUAUCUGUGCUGACACUCUGGUCGGAGACGCACUAGAUAGAGGCAUUUCAGGUGGACAGAAGAAAAGGCUAACUACAGGAGAGAUGAUUGUAGGUCCCAUAAAAGCACUUUUUAUGGAUGAAAUAUCAACUGGCUUAGACAGCUCCACUACUUUUCAAAUAGUUACAUGUCUCCAGCAAUUGGUGCACAUCAAUGAUGCAACAGCAGUGCUUUCACUCCUCCAACCAGCACCAGAAACCUUUGAGUUGUUUGAUGAUCUUAUAUUGAUGGCAGAGGGGAAGAUAGUAUACCAUGGCCCCUGCAGUCAAGCACUCCAGUUCUUUAAGGAUUGCGGUUUCUGGUGCCCUGAAAGAAAAGGAGUGGCAGACUUUCUUCAAGAGGUAACCUCUAAGAAGGAUCAAAGGCAAUACUGGUACCGCACGGAUAUUCCUUACAGUUAUGUUUCAGUGGACGAGUUCUCUCAAAUUUUCAAAACAAGCUACUGGGGAAGAAUGUUAGAUGAUGAGCUCUCACAACCAUAUGAUAAAUCUCAAUCCCAUGAAAGUUCUUUAUCAUAUAGCAAGUACUCCUUAGGAAAAUGGGAUUUGUUUGAAGCUUGUAUGAAGAGGGAGAUUCUUCUCAUGAAACGAAACUCGUUUAUCUAUAUAUUCAAAACUGUGCAGCUUACAAUCACUGCAAUCAUAACAAUGACGGUCUUUUUGCGCACACAACUUGACGUGGACUUGUUAGGAUCAAACUAUUUAUUAGGUUCACUGUACUAUACACUUGUACGCCUAAUGACGAAUGGAGUUGCCGAGUUGAUAAUGACUAUUACUAGACUACCCGUUGUUUAUAAGCAGAAAGCAUUCUAUCUCUAUCCAGCUUGGGCUUACUGUCUUCCAGCUGCCAUACUAAAGAUUCCAUUUUCAGUCCUUGAUUCUCUUGUUUGGACAUCAAUAACAUAUUAUGUUAUAGGCUACAGCCCAGAAAUAACAAGGUUCCUCCGCCAGUUCCUUUUGCUUAUCGCUCUGCACAUGUCAUCAACCUCUAUGUGUCGUUCCCUUGCUGCAGUUUUUAAAACUGAUGUUGCAGCUACAACUGUUGGUUCUUUGGUCUUAGUACUCAUGUUCUUGUUUGGAGGCUUUAUUCUUCCUCGACCAUCAUUACCAAAGUGGUUGAGGUGGGGUUUUUGGCUUUCUCCCAUGUCAUAUGGGGAAAUAGGAAUAACACUCAAUGAAUUUCUUGCUCCUCGCUGGCAAAAGAUUCAAGAGGGAAACAUCACCGUUGGAAGAGAGGUUCUCAAGAGUCGUGGUUUAGACUUUGAUAGCAACUUUUUCUGGAUAUCAAUUGCAGCAUUACUUGGUUUCGCAGUAGUAUUUGAUAUCCUAUUUGUAGUAGCAUUAACUUACUUAAAAGAGCCAAAGCAAUCUCGAGCUUUAGUUUCGAAAAAGAGGCUGCCUCAACUAAAAGGAGGAGAAAGAAGCAAUGAAGUGGAGUUAAAAAAUAAGUCAGUAGCAGUUGAUAUUACCCACACAUCGAAGGAAGCUCAAAGCACAGGGAAAAUGGUCUUGCCCUUUUUGCCACUGUCAAUAGCAUUUAAGGAUGUCCAGUAUUUUGUUGACACUCCUCCGGAGAUGAAAAAGCAUGGUUCGAAUGAGAAAAAUUUACAAUUGCUCUGCGAUAUCACGGGAGCAUUUAGGCCAGGAAUCCUUACUGCUUUGAUGGGAGUCAGUGGAGCAGGAAAGACAACACUCAUGGACGUGCUUUCAGGAAGAAAAACUGGAGGUAUCAUUGAAGGAGAUAUAAGAAUUGGAGGGUACCCUAAAGUUCAAAAGACAUUUGCAAGAGUUUCAGGUUACUGUGAGCAGAACGACAUACAUUCUCCAUAUAUAACAGUUGAAGAAUCUGUUCGAUACUCAGCUUGGUUGCGGUUGCCAAGCGAGAUUGAUUCAGCUACAAAAGGGAAAUUUGUUGAAGAAGUCCUUGAAACAAUUGAACUUGAUGAUAUAAAGGAUAACUUAGUUGGUAUCGCUGGUCAAAGUGGCUUAUCUACCGAGCAACGUAAAAGGCUAACUAUAGCAGUAGAGCUUGUAUCCAAUCCUUCAAUAAUUUUUAUGGAUGAACCUACAUCUGGUUUGGAUGCCCGAGCUGCUGCUGUAGUUAUGCGUGCAGUGAAGAAUGUUGUUGGCACUGGUAGGACCACAGUUUGCACCAUACAUCAGCCAAGCAUCGAUAUAUUUGAAACUUUUGAUGAGUUGAUUCUAAUGAAAUCUGGAGGCAAGAUCAUUUAUAAUGGAAUGCUAGGCCAUCAUUCAAAUAGACUGAUUGAAUAUUUUCAGAGUAUACCGGGAAUUCCAAAGAUCAAGGACAAUUAUAAUCCUGCAACCUGGAUGUUGGAAGCUACUUCUGCAUCUGUAGAAGAUGAACUUAAAAUAGAUUUUGCAAAUAUAUAUAAAGAGUCGCACCUUCACCGGGAUACCCUUGAAUUGGUGAGACAGAUAAGUGAACCAGAGCCAGGUUCAAAAGACUUGCAUUUCUCAACUCGCUUCCCACAAAAUAACUUGGGGCAGUUUAUGGCAUGCCUAUGGAAGCAACACUUGUCCUAUUGGAGAAGUCCCGAGUACAAUUUGAUACGAUUUGUGUUCAUGAUUGUUGCAGCAAUACUAUUUGGGGCGGUAUUUUGGCAGAAAGGGAAGGAAAUAAACACUCAGCAGGACUUGUUCAAUGUGUUUGGAUCAAUGUAUAUUGCUGUAAUUUUCUUGGGAAUAAAUUACUGUUCAACAAUUCUACCAUAUGUGGCAACCGAGCGCUCCGUCCUGUAUCGAGAAAAAUUUGCAGGAAUGUAUUCUUCCAUGGCUUAUUCAUUUGCACAGGUGGCCAUUGAAAUACCAUAUAUCUUAGUGCAAGCAAUUUUAUAUGUGGCUAUCACCUAUCCAAUGAUAGGUUUCCAUUGGUCAGUUCCGAAGCUCUUUUGGUACUUCUACACGACAUUCUGCACAUUUCUAUACUUUGUGUAUCUUGGAAUGCUGGUAAUGUCAUUAAGCUUAAAUCUAGAUUUAGCUUCAGUACUAUCAACUGCAGUCUACACCAUAUUCAAUCUCUUUUCUGGAUUCCUCAUGCCAGGACCUAAAAUUCCUAAAUGGUGGGUUUGGUGCUAUUGGAUUUGCCCUACAGCUUGGUCCUUGAAUGGCCUAUUAACUUCACAAUAUGGAGAUAUGGACAAGGAAAUACUCAUAUUUGGAGACAAAAAAUCAGUUGGUUCCUUUCUAAAGGAUUACUAUGGAUUCAGACAUGACAGAUUAAGUGUUGUGGCUGCGGUGCUCAUUGCUUACCCAAUCAUCUACGCAUCCCUCUUUGCCUAUUGUAUAGGGAAAAUAAAUUACCAAAAGAGGUAG